AUGUUGGGAUUCUCCUGCUUUGUGGAAUGCCCUGAGAUUUCUGACGGGAAGCUGUUGCAGGAGAGCGACGGUGGUUCCGGUGCCCGUACUGCUGCUCGAAUCGAAGCGGUGUCGGGAGCAAAAGGGAAAGGGAGGGUGCCUUGCUCUUUUCGUUGCAGAGGUGGUGCAGAACUCUUGUUUGAUGGUGUUAAAAAGCAUCAAGUGACCUUGCCCUGCCAACCAGAGCCUUGGGACAUCCGCAAGCUGCUCAAGUGGAUCAAGCAGAACUUGCUGAAGGAACGACAGGAAUUAUUUAUGGAAGGGGAGUCUGUGAGGCCAGGAAUUUUGGUGCUCAUCAACGACGCAGACUGGGAGCUAAUGGGUGAGCUGGAUUACAAACUCCAGGACCAGGAUAACGUGCUUUUCAUCUCGACAUUACAUGGCGGGUGAACUCCUGGAAAAACAAGGACUUAAAUCCACACCCUUGGGCAGAAAAAAAGCAAGCCAAGACCUAAACCUACCCAAAUCUCUCCUGAACUGUCUGUGCCCAGGCUCUGUGUCUUCCCAGUGAGUUCACUUGUU